UGAGCAGCUUAUUUCAGAGCAUUUCCUGAAAAAGGCAGAGCAGCGCUCGCUCACUCGCUCGCAGCCCAGCAGACCAACCCCACUAUCAGUACUACAUCUCAACAAUCCUUCAGCAGAAGCCAGCACAGACAAAAGAAAAUCAACUCAAAGACACCAUCUACUUAACACAGGCGACUCUGAGCACUCUCUUUCCGGGACUGGGCAGAACAGCGGCAAAUGGUCACCUCUCAGACAGCCCUCUGACAGAUAGGAGGUAAGCUGCAGCCAAUUAAUUUCAAGUUUGUACAUAUCAUGGGGUCCAACCUGCUGUAAGAUGGCUACCCUGAGCAACCACAACCAGAUUAUUCUUUCUAAUGGCUCAUACCCAGAGGAAUACAAAAUCGCAGCCCUGGUCUUCUACAGCUGCAUCUUCCUGAUUGGGCUGUUUGUUAAUGUCACUGCGUUAUGGGUUUUCAGUUGUACGACCAAGAAAAGAACCACAGUAACCAUCUACAUGAUGAAUGUCGCACUACUGGACUUAGUAUUUAUACUGAGUCUGCCCUUUCGGAUGUUUUACUAUGCAAAAGGUGAGUGGCCAUUUGGCGAGUACUUCUGCCACAUUCUUGGUGCCCUGGUGGUAUUUUACCCAAGCCUUGCUCUGUGGCUUCUUGCUUUCAUUAGUGCUGACAGAUACAUGGCCAUCGUACAGCCAAAAUAUGCCAAGGAACUGAAGAACACCGGCAAGGCCAUGCUUGCCUGUGUCGGGAUCUGGAUAAUGACUCUGACCACCACUGUCCCUCUGCUACUGCUCUAUGAAGACCCAGACAAGGCUUCCUCCCCUGCCACCUGCCUGAAGAUCUCCGACAUCAUCCACUUAAAAGCUGUCAAUGUGCUCAACUUCACACGACUCAUAUUUUUCUUCCUGAUCCCGUUAUUCAUCAUGAUCGGGUGCUACGCAGUCAUCAUUCACAGCCUCCUCCGCGGGCAGACAUCUAAGCUGAAGCCCAAGGUCAAGGAGAAGUCCAUACGGAUCAUCAUCACUCUCCUGCUGCAGGUGCUCAUCUGCUUCGUACCCUUCCACAUCUGUUUCGCCAUGCUGAUGCUACAAGGAGAGGAGAACAGCUACAGCCCCUGGGGAGCCUUCACCACCUUCCUCAUGAACCUCAGCACGUGUCUUGAUGUUGUUCUCUACUACAUUGUUUCCAAACAGUUCCAGGCUCGAGUCAUCAGUGUCAUGCUGUACCGCAACUACCUUCGCAGUGUGCGCAGAAAAAGUGUCCGAUCAGGCAGUUUACGGUCACUUAGCAACAUGAACAGUGAAAUGCUUUAAGUCAGAGCAAGCUGCCUGUCUUCAAUCUCUUUAAAAUUCUUUUUCUAUCUACUCUCCGGCGAACCAGCAUUCUACAUUAUCCAGUCCCUUCUCUAAUAAAGAGAACUAAUAAUAAAAAACUUAAAAAACUUCUGUGGUAUUGUAUUCCAGCAACAUGAUUAAAUACUGAAUAUUCUGAUAUACUCAUUUAUUUUUACCUUACAACUUGUAUAAAACAUGUGCAUGAGCCAUAUGUAGUGGCCAUGCCUGUAAUCCGAACAUUCAGAAGACAUAGGAAGGCCAGCCUAGGCUACAUAGUGAAACUCUCUCAAAAAAACAAUAAAAGUAAUUUUAAAAAAUG